UAUCAGAGAGCUUGUCCUUGUUAACACAAGCAACACCAAAUUAAAUCCCUCUUACUAAUUGAAUCAAGACCAUUUAUUAUUACUCUCCAUUUCUUCAUAAUAGGAAUAUUAUUUAACUCCUUCAAAUCUCGACAUUAUGCAUACUUUGUCGACAUAUCUCAACAUAUACACACUCUGGUUUAUACUCGUAUCGAGGAGUUCUUCGGAAGCCGCAGACUACCGGUACGAGGCAUGCACACCGGUAAACUGCGGCAAGGGCCCGAACAUAAGCUUCCCUUUCUACAUCAAAGGCCUGCAAAACUCCUACUGCGGCUUCCCCGGAUUCGUGCUCAACUGCACCAAUGGAUUCCCAGUUCUUCAUCUCCCAGAAACCGAAUACAUAGUGAAGGAAAUCUCCUACGAGACACGAUCCCUCCGCGUCUACGACGCCGCGGUGGUGGAUUCCGACGGCGGCGGCUGCGUUCCGCGCAUCAGAAACGCGUCGAUUCCGACAGCUCAGUUCGAUUUCGCCGAGAAUGUGACGAAGCUCCGCUUCUUCACCAACUGCAGCGAUUCGAUGUUUAGGGUUGGGAAUGGCGCGGACGUCGCCGGUUGUGGCGGCCGGAUUCUGGCGCUGUAUGAAGGAGAUGGAGAUGGAGAUUCCGUCGCGGCCGCGCUGAGAAACUGCGAGGAGAAUUCGGUGGCGGCGGUGGAAGGCGAUGGGGAAGAAGGUGAGGAGAUGGUGGAGGUUUUGAGGAGAGGGUUUGUGAUGAAAUGGAGAGCUAGUGAUUGCGGCACGUGCGAGAGCAGCGGCGGCCGCUGCGGCUUCAACGACACCACUUACUUGUUUAGGUGCUUCUGCCCCAACCGCCCUCACUACCGGUCGUGCAGACGGGAAAAAGAUGGGUCGACCUUGAUACGAGCAGCAGCUAUAUUCGGCGGCGCAGUGUGCCUAAUCGUAUGCGCAUUAAUCACCUUCCUAAUCUGGCAAUGCAAGAAAAGGUCCGAAGCCGCCACAAAAUCCGACGCCGCCGAAUCUAGAACCUUCUACUUCGGCACCAUGUUGUUCACCUACGAAGAACUAAUGGAGGCCACAAAUUCCUUCGAUCCGUCAAAGGAGGUCGGAGACGGAGGCUACGGAACCGUAUAUCACGGCAAACUGAAGGACGGUAGAGAAGUGGCCGUGAAGCGGCUGCACGAGCACAACUGCAGAAGAAUGGAGCAGUUCAUGAACGAGAUCAAGAUCCUCACUUCCCUCCGCCACAACCACCUCGUCUCCUUGUACGGCUGCUCCUCCGCCUCCACCAAGGACCUCCUCCUCGUCUACGAAUACAUCCCCAACGGCACCCUCUCCGACCACCUCCACGCCGCCACCCCGCUGCCGUGGCCCCACCGCAUCAGGAUCGCCCUCGAGACCGCCGCCGCCCUGGCCUACCUCCACAAAUCCGACAUCAUCCACCGCGACGUCAAGACCAGCAACAUCCUCCUCGACGCCAAUUUCUCCGUCAAGCUGGCCGACUUCGGGCUCUCGAGGCUGGACGCCGGCGCCGCCCACGUCUCCACGGCGCCCCAGGGGACGCCCGGCUACGUGGACCCCAGCUACCACCGGAGCUACCGCCUGAGCAGCAAGAGCGACGUGUACAGCUUUGGUGUCGUUCUUGUGGAGCUGGUCUCGUCGCGGCCUGCCGUCGACGUCAGCAGGCCGAGCGACGAGAUCAAUCUGGCCAGCCUCGCCGUGACCCGGAUCGAGAGGGGCGCGGUGGAGGAGCUGGUUGAUGAGUCCCUUGGAUUUGGGAUGGAUGCGGGGAUUGCGAGGAUGAUUACUGCGGUGGCGCGGCUGGCGUUGAGGUGCCUGCAGGCGGAGAAGGAGGCCAGGCCCUCCAUGGAUGAGGUUUUGAGUUGCUUGAAUGAGAUUCGGCAAGGCGAUGCUGUGGUGGUGGAGAAGAAGAAGACAGAUUUUGAGUUUGAGUCAUCACCUAAUGCAGUGACUGAUUUGUGGAUUACUGAUUCUACUACGACAACUUCUUUGUAGCUAGUACGUAUAUAUGUGGGAAUGUAGUCAUUGAUUUUGUCUUCAUCUAUUUUGUGUUCGUUUUUUAUAAUUGGAAUGCAAAACUAAGUGAAUAGAUCGAGUUUAUUUCUUGAGGCAAAAUCAUAUAUACUCGGUUUUU